GCUCCCGACUCCGCCGUCCCUCCGCCCCAUCUACCCUACUCCGCAGGCGACGCCAGCGCAAGGCCCCUAGGGCAGGCGACGACGGCGAGCUGUGCCUCCGUCUCCAGCCCUUCCCUUGCGGCCCCGUCGAGUUGCCACCGCCGGCGUCAACUUCACCUGCGGCGAGCUCGCCACAGCUCUCCGGAAGGUGCUGCCAACUUGGAAGAUGGCAGAUGAGGAACUAGCUCCAAGCUCUAAGAAGAGGGUUGCAGAUACCCAAAUCAACAAGGAUAAUCCUGAGCCUGAUGAUGACGGACCAGAGCAAGAGAUGGGUACGUUCAAGAAAGCUAGUGAGGAAGUAAUGGCUUCCCGAAGAAUUGUAAAGGUUCGGCGCCAGCAGCCAUCAUCAGCACCUUCUUCUAAUCCUUUCUCUGCAAUCAGAUUUACCCCAAGUGAUUCUAGUGCCCCUGUCCAAGAGCCUCAGCCUUCAAAUGUCAAAGCUGAUGAGGGCAGCAAUGGUAGUGGGAAAGAUACUUUGUCUGUGCCAGACAAGAAUGAAGGCUCUGGUGAGGUACCUGAGAUUCAGAAGGAUGAAUCAACUGUAAAUACUGGUGCCACAACUGAAGCUCCACAUCUACCUAUUGAAACCAGUGACAAGGCAGAAGGCACAAAGGAUGGAUCUGUUGGAGACAAAGUGGUAGUCGGAGAACCCAACAAAGGUAACAACGUGCCAUCUGAUGUCGAGAGCAAAACAAAAGGAGGAGAUGCUGAAGAAAAGGAAGGGGCAGAUGAAGCUGAAAAUAAAGAUAAAAUUAGCAAGGAUGAUACCUCCAAGAAAGAUGGAGGUGAAUCGGAGACCAAAAAUGGGUUGUCUGACGAGCAGAAAGAUGCUGAUAACAAAGGGCAGACAUCAUCAGCAACACCUCUUUUCUCAUUCAAGAAUCUGUCAAGUGGUCAAAAUGCCUUCACAGGUCUGGCUGGAACUGGAUUUUCAAGCUCAUCAUUCUCGUUUGGUUCAGCCUCUAAAGAUGACUCAAGUGCUGGUACCCUAUUUGGUUUGAAGACUGAUGGUUCUUCGUUCCCUUCUUUUAAUCUUGGUGCUAACAACUCAGCUCUUGCUACUUCAGCAGAGGCACCCAAGAAAUUUGCUAUGACAGAGGGCCCUGUUGAAACUGGUGAAGAAAACGAGAAGGCGGUAUUUACUGCUGAUUCCGCUCUGUAUGAAUACUUAGAUGGGGGCUGGAAAGAAAGAGGAAAAGGUGAACUGAAGCUGAACGUCCCUGUAUCUGGUGGUGAGAGGGCUCGGCUUGUCAUGAGGACCAAGGGCAACUACAGGUUGGUCCUGAACGCAAGCCUCUACGAAGACAUGUCGCUCAAGGACAUGGACAAGAAGGGCGCGACCUUUGCCUGCGUGAACAGCAUCAGCGAGUCGCAGAGCGGCCUCGCCACGUUUGCCCUGAAGUUCAAGGACACCGCUACCAGGGAGGAGUUCAAGGACCAGGUGGAGGCUCACAAGACCAGAAAAGCACCUGAAGCACCGCUGAAGACGACUGAGAACUCGCCCAAGGCAGCGGAGGUCUGAAGCUGCACUCGAGUCACACUUGCGCAUCCUCUAUACGUGUCCAGGAAGGAGCUGGAGAGGUACUGUCAGUUAUCGCGGAGUGUUUAAGUAAGAACAUCGUAUCAUGCGAUGGUGUUCUUAGUUCUGGUUCAUACGGUUCCCUGAUGCUGCUUUUGGAACAGUGGGUAGCCUGUCGAACUUUCAUUGUUACAGCCAUAUUCUUAGUAACCUGGAGAUGAGACUCUUGGUCUAUAUGCUUUUGUAUUAUGCUCCUUUACGCUGUGUCAGUUAAGAUAUGCGUGCCGUGUUAGCAUA